ACACAAAAAAGUCGACCAUCAACCAUCGCAAGGGUAAGGAAGCAGCCAGCUGCUAUUUGAUCAGCCGGAGCGCGACUGAUCAAUCUUUUCUUUUCUUCUUCUGCCCAGGUCACCACGGCAAAAUGUCUUCGUUCGAGUCUGUGGUCGUGAUCGAUGGCAAGGGCCACCUGCUUGGCCGCCUGGCCAGCAUCGUCGCCAAGCAGCUCCUCAGCGGCCAGAAGAUCGUCGUCGUCCGCUGCGAAGCCCUCAACAUCUCCGGCGAGUUCUUCCGCGCGAAGCUCAAGUAUCACGCCUACCUUCGCAAGAUGACCCGGUACAACCCCACCCGCGGCGGCCCUUUCCACUUCCGCGCCCCCUCCCGUAUCUUCUACAAGGCCGUCCGCGGCAUGAUCCCCCACAAGACCGCCCGCGGUGCCGCCGCCCUUGAGCGCCUCAAGGUCUUCGAGGGUGUCCCUCCCCCGUACGACAAGAAGAAGAAGAUGGUGGUUCCUCAGGCUCUGCGCGUCCUGAGGCUGCAGCCCGGCCGCAAGUACUGCACCGUUGGCCGUCUCAGCCACGAGGUCGGCUGGAAGUACCAGGACGUUGUCGAGAGGCUGGAGGAGCGGCGCAAGGCGAAGGGCGCCGCCUACUACGAGCGCAAGAAGCUGGCUGCGAGACAGCUUUCCGAGGCGAAGAAGGCGGCGAAGGUCGACUCGAAGACGGCGGAGGCCCUCGCGGCCUACGGCUACUAAACGCGGUGGCCGGCUCGCACCCUGCUUUGUCCUUUAUGCGGUUUCACUCUAGAUUGGCGCGGUGGUUCAGGGCAUCAACUUCAUAUGCGUGGAUGGUGGGAAUGGCAACGGCUAUCUGAUUCACUGUGCUCCCCAGGCUUGGGACCUCAUAAAUACAUGAGAUCAACCAAUGGAGACCGAGGUUGCACGGGAUGAAGGAAGCGCAGCCAAACAAAACAACAAUACCCGGCUCUGGCGGAGAGGCUUCGUGCUGUUGUUGGGCAGGGGCGCUGUUGAGUCGCGCCCCUCGAUAUGACAGCUGAGUGCCUCGGCCAGUGGCCCGCUCAUGCUGAAUUCAGUGACCAUAAUCUGUAUCUGUGCCAGUUUAGCGGUGAAUGCAAAGGGAAAGCGCUGCGAGGGUUGAUGAUC